CUGAAAAAGUCACUUCCCUGGGGAAAGACUGGCACCGGCCAUGCUUGAAGUGUGAAAAAUGCAACAAGACCCUGACUGCAGGUGGCCACGCAGAGCAUGACGGGAAGCCCUAUUGCAACCACCCUUGCUACGCAGCGCUGUUUGGACCCAAAGGAUUUGGCCGUGGAGGUGCUGAAAGCCACACGUUCAAAUGAAGCGCAGAGCUGGAAGGAUGAGGUCUUUAUGUGGACCCUGGCAAUCUCACAGGCAUUCUGCCCACAAUGCAUCCCUCCCCCUCCAUAGCAAGCUUGCAUAUUAAAAAAGGCAUGCCAAAGUGGAAGAUUUCCUGUUCGGUUGGAAAA